AUGCCUCAACUGGUCGAACCAGCUAAUCUUCCGCCUGCUCCAUUUAAUGGAUCAACAUCUGUCUUCGCCAAUACAACUAUCCGCCAGACUGUGCAGGUUUCACUAGGAGCACAAGAGUUUCGACUUCGUCUUUCCAACUCAUUUGGGCUUAAUCAGCUCAAUAUCACUAGGGUGACUGUUGCUUUGCCAAAGACGCAACAGGCAGGGACCAGUGCCAUACAGAUCGAAUCAUCGAAACCCUUGCGUUUUAGUGGAAACCCGAGUGUCCAGAUUGCCAAUGGUGGACUGGCAGUGUCCGAUCCGAUUAAACUCCCCACCAAGGCCCAAUCUAUUCUAACGAUCAGUAUUUAUCUGGAGAAUGGACAGGAGGGAUUUGCUUUUACCGGUCAUCCGGGGAGCCGAACUACCUCAUACUUGGCUUUUGGAGAUUGGACCGAUGCACGUAAUAUCACGGACUCAUCUGUUCAAACAACAGAUCAUUGGUAUCUCAUCAGUGGAGUCGAGGCUUGGCUACCUUUUACUUCCAGUGGCUUCGUGAUACUUGGAGACAGUAUCACCGAUGGCCGGGGAAGCACUACAAAUGCAAAUGACCGUUGGCCGGAUCUGCUUCUGAGAAAAAUGCAAAAACAUGACUCUACAUUGAAUAUCGCAACCCUCAACCAAGCAGCUGGAGGAAACCGCAUUCUCCAAGAUGGCCUUGGUCCCAGUGUACUCAGCCGUAUUGACCGAGACGUGCUAGCACAAUCAGGUGUGCAGUAUGCCAUGAUUUUCGAAGGUGUGAAUGAUAUCGGUGUCGCGAAUAACGAUACUGCCACCCAGGUCGAGAUCGAGAAACAACUUGUGGCGGCAUAUAGACAGAUCGUGACUCGGAUACAUGCUCUAGGAAUUCCGGUCUUUGGUGCGACUAUUACUCCGUUCGGCUCACCCUCUACCUCUGAUUAUGCACAGCCCUAUUCCCAUCCAGUGCGUGAGAACACUCGGCAACGAAUCAACACUUUUAUCAGGGAGAGUGGUGUAUUUGACGCCGUGCUUGACUUUGAUCGAGUGUUAAGAGAUCCAACCGCUCCGUCUCAGCUGUUGGAGAAGUAUGACUCGGGUGAUCAUCUACAUCCUAAUGUCGCUGGGUAUCAAGCAUUGGCGGAUUACUUCCCUCUUGAUAUCUUCUCAGGGUGA